UCUGUGCCAGUUAUCUUACAAGUUCACUCACAGGCAAAUACUAGGCAGUCAGUCUUCAGACUAUUACAUGCAUUUCCAAUAAUCAAACAGUGACUGAAGGUGAGAAUCAAACCCUGCACCUUGUGCCUGUGAGGUAAAGACCUUAAGCAUUAAGCCAACCCUAACCCAUUUGUUGACUGACAGAGACUACAGCUGAUUCUGAUCAGAUCAGAAGAGAUGGCCCUGAAAUGGAAUGGAGUGGCUGAACUUGUAGGAAGCAGAGCGCUGAUCCACAGUUGGUGGAAGGUCUUUUUUCUUGAAGUGUUUGAUUCAGUGUCCUACAACUGCAGUGACCAGCAGAUCUUGCUCUCUGUCUUAAUGGAUCCGUUUGGUAAUGGAAUUUUGCUAGAUCCAUCUGCAAUCCAUCUUGGUUCCUGUUCAUAUUCCAUACUGGAGUGGUCUGCUAAAACCAUCAGUUUUGAAUACCCAUUAACUGCAUGUGGAAUUGUGGAAGUGGUCAGUAACAAACUUAUCACUUACACCACUGUUCUAGAAUACAGACAGUCCAUGAACCUUGGCUUCAAUUCUAAUCCUGAAUCCAUGGUGAUACAGUGCACAUAUCCCAAGCUUCAUGACUGGACUCCAAAUUUUCCAUCAUCUGGAAUUCUUGAAGGAACAGGCAGCUUCGAGUUUUCAUUGAACCUGAUGAAUGAGGACUUCAGUGCACCAGCAACUUCAAAAUCAUUACUUCUAGGAUCCUCUGUCAACAUUGAAGCUGCAGUCAAUGGUUAUAACCAUCAGCCCAUGAUACUUUUCCUUGACUUCUGUAUUGCAGCUACAGAUAGAGACCUGCAGAAUACUUCUGAGAAUUACACAAUCAUAGAAAACCAUGGGUGUCUUGUUGAUGGCAAAGAGUCUAAUUCUAUGUAUAUGUCAAGAACAGACCCAGCUGUCAUCCAGUUAUAUCUGCAGGCAUUUAAGUUCACCGAUAUGGAUACUGAAAUAUACAUCCACUGCCAACUGCUUGUCUGGGAUCCUGCUGAUCUGGGAGAUCCUGCAAAGAAAGCCUGCUCUUUCAAUCAAGCUACCUCAAGCUGGUAUCUCCUGGAUAAUCCCUUAAAAAGCUCCCUCUGCAACUGCUGUGAUGGGCUGUGCAAUCCUAAAGGAAGUCUGAGAAGGAAACAGAGGAGUGAAGAAUACAACUCCGGGCUUGUUCAUGACAUGGUGCUUGGACCACUGAAGAUACAAAGAAAAGUUGGCAGCUUUGAAUGGGAUGGUAUCUAAUCUUCCAUUUAGGAGUUGGAACAGACCAUCCGAUCCAAAUCAAUGGCUACUUUACACUGGAAUUUCUUCCUCUGCUUGAAAUAAAACAGAAUAAUAUCCCUCAUUUCCUACAUACUGAGGUGAACCAACACUAUGGACUCUACUCUGAAUACAAUGGACAGAAGUGUCAAGAUGGCAGAAGUUUGUAGUUAACUUGCAGAGUAUGAAAAAUAAAAACUUUCAUAUGUGGCUUA